AUGCAUGAAAAGACCGCUGCUACGGGACUUCUUUUCACGAUCUUCUCUCUUGGUCUGAUCCGCAAAGCAGCAACUACAGAUCAGUGUAACGGACCUCGCCAGAUACCCAUGCAGGGCAAGAUGCUGAAGGGACACAUCUAUGAAACCCGAUGGGUACGAUCCGGGUAUGCGGAGUGCUUGUUUAUAUGCAGAGAGGAAAAAGUCUGCCAAAGCUUCAACUUUGUGGCUAAUGAAAGCAAGUGUGAGUUCAAUAAUCGCACAAAGGAAGCCUGCAGUCCUGAGGAUUUUGUUCCCGACCUUCAUCGUCUUUAUGUCAAACUUGACGUCAGUAGAGGUAAAGAACUUUGA